AAAUAAGAGGAAUGUGUGGAGACUAAUUUUUUCUUUCAGGGCCAUGUGCAUCAGAGAAAGGGGAAGAUUUUCUUUUCCUUGUCUUCCACAAAUGGUAUUGUGGAAGAAUAAUUAUGGAUAAAAGAUAUACAGAUGCGCUUCCUCUUACUAGGAGUUCUCCAGAAAAGCAAGAAACCAUCUGUAUUUUUGGCACUGGCGAUUUUGGAAGAUCACUGGGACUGAAAAUGCUCCAGUGUGGUUACUCUGUUGUGUUUGGAAGUCGAAACCCUCGGAUGUCCAACCUGGUGACCAGUGGGGCGGAGGUCCUGAGCUAUUCAGAAGCAGCCCAGAGGUCUGACAUCAUAAUCCUAGCAAUCCACAGAGAGCAUUACGAUUUUCUAAGGGAACUAACUGAGGUUCUCAAUGGGAAAACACUAGUUGAUGUCAGCAACAACGUCAAAAUCAAUCAGUACCCAGAGUCUAAUGCAGAGCACCUUGCUCGGUUGAUGCCUGGAGCCCACGUAGUAAAAGCAUUUAACACCAUCUCAGCAUGGGCUCUCCAAUCAGGAGCGCUGGAUGCAAGCCGACAGGUUUUUGUCUGUGGAAAUGACAGCAGAGCAAAGCAGAGAGUGAUGGAUGUUGUUCGUAACCUUGGACUCACCCCACUGGACCAAGGGUCUCUGCUGGCAGCCAAGGAGAUUGAGAACUACCCCCUGCAACUAUUUCCAAUGUGGAGGUUCCCCUUCUAUUUGUCUGCUGCACUGUGCAUCUUCUUCUUUUUCUACUGUGUCAUAAGAGAAGUAAUCUACCCUUACGUAUACGAAAAGGAAGAUAAUACGUUCCGCUUGGCCAUUUCCAUCCUGAACCGUGUCUGUCCUAUAACAGCACUGAUGCUGCUCGCUCUGGUUUACCUCCCUGGUGUUAUUGCUGCCAUUCUACAGCUGUACCAUGGUACAAAAUAUCGCCGCUUCCCCAGCUGGCUUGACCACUGGAUGCUUUGCAGAAAGCAGCUUGGAUUGAUAGCUUUGGGAUUUGCCUUCCUUCAUGUCCUCUACACUCUGGUGAUUCCCAUCCGUUACUAUGUGCGAUGGAGGUCAAGAAACAUAACCGUGAUCCAGGUGAUGACCAAGAAAGAGAAUCCAUUUAGUACCUCUUCUGCCUGGCUCAGUGAUUCUUAUGUAUCUCUGGGAAUCCUUGGAUUUUUUCUCUUUGUACUCUUGGGAAUCACUUCCUUGCCAUCAGUUAGCAACAUGGUCACCUGGAGAGAGUUUCGAUUUGUCCAGUCCAAACUGGGCUAUUUGACCCUGAUCUUGUGCACAGCCCACACCCUGGUGUACGGCGGGAAGAGGUUCCUCAGCCCUUCCGUGCUCAGAUGGUACCUUCCUUCAGCCUACAUCUUAGCGCUCAUCAUCCCUUGCACCGUUCUUGUGAUCAAGUUCAUCCUCAUCAUGCCCUGUAUCGACAAGACCCUUAUGCGGAUCCGCCAAGGCUGGGAAAGGAACACAAAAUUCUCGAAAUCAGUGAAUGGAAAAUCAGAUAUUUGAAGCAAAGCUGAAUUUACCCAGACUUCUACAUUGUUGACUGUUUAGGGAGGAACAAUGGGUGCAUCCGGGAAGCCUGCUUGUCCUAGCACGACAUGAGAUUUAUGAACACAGAAGGAAACCGUUGCCUGACUUUGAGAAAUCGGCAGCUUGGAAGAGAACAGCCUUCUAUCUCAAAUGGGUGGUGAAUCCGUGCAGGCCCCUGCUGCUGCUUGCCCAUGAGGCUGAUGUUGAGAUUAGAUUUGUGGUUUCACACCAAUAAGCUUCUUUGUUGUGGGCAACAUAUGUUUGCUAACGUCUUGCAAAAUCCAGGAGAAGUUCACGCCACUUCCUCCUCUGAUUCAAGGGCUGAGUUAAGUCAAAGAGAAGACAGUAUGAUGGUGGCCGCUGAUGCAGGCUGUGUUAGGUAGGUUUGAAGAAAAGGGCCAAACAAAGGAAAAAGAAGAUGACUUAUUUUUGGAAGUCCAGGCGAUUGUAAAUACUACCAUAGUAAAUUCUUGAGUUCCUUAAUUUUGCUUUCACCAAUCUGGAUGUCUACUGUAGAGAACUACUGUCAACAGGAAACAUAUCGCGAUUGGUUGGAAGGGACCAUGCUUGCAUAUAUGCAAAUCUACACAGUUGUCAUAAGAUCUGUAAGAAAUAGAGAUAGGAAAGACUGAGCAAAAAUGGAAGGCUAGCUCUUUGGAUUUUUUCAGUGUACAAUAAACAAGGCAAGGUUGAUAAAAGCCCUUGCACAAAAAAGUUCUGGUAAACCAGAAUUUUAGCUAACAUUAUAAAAAAAUUUUUAAGUUGUACUACAUUACUGGUAUUAUUUAGGCAUUGUGCUGUGCUUUAUAAAUCAUAUAUUCCAAAUGUUGCUUAAUACUAAUUAUCAAUGAAAAUAAUUUCUAGUAUAUUUAGGUCCUGUAAUCUGUAUUAGUCUGUUAUAAUUUUCAAAAUUAAAUGAAUUAUCUGGAAGUGUAAUGUGACCAACACAUAGAUGAGAGUCUGGAAAGCCAUGGGGCAAAGAGGUCUGGGCGGUAGUUGGUAUACAGACUUGGUUCCUUCGCAUUUGCCUGUGGGGCUACAGGAUGGUUGUCUUUCUGUGCAGAUGGUGCAAAAUAUUGGCAUUGUGUGUGUGACAUCAUUCUGCCUACUCUACAAGGGCAAUUUGUAUUUCAUUUUUGCUUUUAUUGUCACAUACUGUAUGUGACACUGUACAAAGUGGUUAAAAUACAUUAGAAUAUCCCCCACGACCCAGGAUCUUUUUGAAAAAACUUUUCAAAGACAGUUCUAUAUAUUCAAUUUCCUUCCUGUUUGAUUUAAUUUACUAAGGCUUUAUAGUCUCAUACAUGGUGUAUGUAUUUAAUAGCCAUAUAAUAUCCAUCAAAUGGGCAUUUAUUUAACCAGAGCCCUCACAGAAUAUGUAGCCUAUAACUGACUAAAACAACAUUUCAAGAAUAUUUUUGCACUUAUUAACGUUUUCCCAUACAUGUUAUUUCCUCAAAACACUUGUCAGGAAUUGAGAUUAAAGAAGCUUCACUGGCAUUUGCUAUAUGUUGCUAAUUUCCAUCUAAAAUAACUUUAUCAAUGCCAUUAACAUUGGAUUAGGGUGUUCAUUGGUUUCAUCACGAUUAUGGGUUUUGUUUUCUUUUUCAAUUUGUGCUUACUUAUAAACAGCUGCAAAGAUACACAGAACAUAUGAUCCUUUAAUGUAUCCUCGAUCAACCUGAGCUGGAAGACACUGAGCAGAGCCGUGGUGUGUGGUGCUGACCCAGGGCAGCAGGGAGAAGCCAGGAAAACCUCACUGCUCUCCCGUAUCCUGCAGAGCCGCCGUGUGUGCUGGGGUUGGGGCCUGCUCUCUGGCUAAAGAGUUCAAGUCCUGGUCAGCUGGUCUAGAGAUGCGUUGGAGCUGACCACACUGCUCAGUAAGAGUAAACCAAUAAAACAAUCAGAGGCUGUCACAAAAAACUAGGAAGUGCCACACCUGGGGAGAAUGCUCCAGCUGGGGCCUCUGUGCUGUGCUCAAGGCCAUGGAGCAAGCCCAAAGACAACUCUAACCCCGGGCCUCUCAGCCCUGCUGCCAGGCCUGCACCUUAGCCCCAGGCACAGGGCUCCGAGCCCCACCAGCUGAGCAGAGAAAAGUGCUCUCCUCCCAUCCCUCCUGACCCUCAGUCAAUUUAAGCAUCUUAACAACAGCUGACUCCUCCAGUUUACUUAAGGAAGGAGUCUAGAAGAGAUCGAAAUAAGUCCCUGGAGUGAACUGUGUUCUUUUUAACAAACUGUCUGACAUUAAGAAAUUAGCCUAAAUGCCUUUCUGUAUUCAUAGGAAAAUAUUUGUUGAGUUCACAGACCUUUUGUUUUUGUACACCUUCCCUGUGUUAAGGGAUAACAGCUUUUGUAUAUGUAUACUCAUUAAAUGUUACUUUAAAAAUA